AUGUCUGCCAACGACUUUUACUCUUCCGGCCAGCAGGGCCAAAGAUCUGACAACAACUACCAGUCCAACCCAAACCAGCAACAGCAGGGCGGUGAAGAAGGUGGUGACAGAGGCCUUUUGGCCACCAUUGGUGGUGCCGCUGUCGGUGGAUACGGUGGUGGUAAGAUUUCUGGUAACCACUCUACCUUGGGUAAGAUUGGUGGUGCCAUUGCCGGUGCUUGGGGUGCCAACAAGCUUGAGGACAAGUGGGAGGACAGAAAGGAGGAGAAGAAAUACGAGCAGCAACACGGCCAGAGCUACGGUCGUAAUGACUACGGUCCUCCAGGUGGUGGUCCACCACCAGGCAACCACGGCCGUAAUGACAACUACGGCGGUGGUCGUAAUGACUAUGGUGGUGGCCGUGACAACUUUGGUGGCCGUGACAACUAUGGCGGUGGCCGCAAUGACAACUACGGUGGCGGCCGUAACGACAACUACGGUGGUGGCCGUAACGACAACUACGGUGGUGGCCGCAACGACAACUACGGUGGUGGCCGCAACGAUAACUAUGGUGGCGGUCGUAACGAUAACUACGGCGGCCAGGGCGGCUACGGCAACCAGGGCGGUAGAUGGUAA